GCACUAUGCCGCACACGUGGAAACUUCGUAGACAACUGACUUUUGAGCCGAUGGAAGCAAUUCCUGACGAAGGCGAACAAGAGACGUUAGCAACGGCGACAAAUCUGGGUGUUUCGCUGGAAACUCGCCCCUCCUACGCUGCAGAACUGGCACCAGCAGAUCCGAAAAUCACCAGAAAACCACUGAUCAAAGAUGUGAGGGCAAAAACUACUAUGGGCGAUGAAGCUCGAGAAGAGCGUAAUCUGUUGGCAAGGCAAGAUGCAAGCGUUUCCAGUUUCAAUCGACGGAGUCCUCUUGGAAGAACAAAUGAUCUGGAUUUGGACUUGGAUGAUGAUUUCUGUUCAUCGGAUUCUUCUCCGUUGGUCUCACCUAGCCUACGAACGCCAGCGAUAGCACUUCCUCCUCCGCCACCAAAAAGUGCUCCACCAUUUUCGCAAGCUGCACAGUUUACAAAUUCUGCCUCGGUUUGCAAUGGGGAUGUGUCGCUGAGCAACGGCGGCACUCCGACGACGCUUCGGCCAGAUGAUAGUUUGCUUCGGCCUGGGGAUUUGGAAUCGAAUGGAAGACGGGUUGAGAUACAGGCGACAACGUCCGAGUGCCGAUUACAGCAAUCUUUGUCGACUCCUUGCCCACAUGAGGAGCAGUCAUCCAGAAAAGACUCCGAAUACAGGCGGUUUAAGUCAGAAGGAUCAUCCGGAGGUGCGCUACCAGCAGGUCCGGAAAUGGAGGUGGCCAUUGACGAUCUCUCACCGAUAACAGAUGCUCAAUCCACACAAAAUCGUCGGUUCAACCUGAUUACGCAAGACUCCGUGGUCAAUGGCGGUCCCAUCACGAAACACUCCAAUACCGAGCAGGUGUUAAUGAUGCAUACGUUGAAGACGAAGACAUCCAAGUAUCAGUCCUUCAUCGACAAGGCCUUCCAGAAUAUCAUGCAAGCCACAGACGAACAAAUCAUUGAGGGAUGCACGAUCGUUGCCAAAGUGAUGACCAAAGCGUGGAUGAUCCCAAAGGUGUCCCAUGACCUCUCCUUUGCCCUUUGCGAUUACCUUCGCGAAAAGAUGUACCUCGACGCACUGAUCAAGCUGUUCAUCGGACCAACCACCUGCGAACCAGUUCGUCUGGCUUGUGGGCGAGUGCUGGAAGAGUGCAUGUCAUUGAACAACCGCGAGUACAUAGUCAACAAGGGCUGGUUGAAGAAAAUCGUGACAAUGGCGAUGAAGUUGAACAAAAACGCCGAGCAACAGCGGAUGAGCCUCAGCAUCAUGGAAAGCAUGUUCAAGCACAGUUCAAGCACAUCGCUGAAGCUUAUUGAAUAUGGAGUGUUGGAUCACAUCAUUAUCACCAGCAAAAGAGCAAUGGACACACCAACCACCCUCCGACAUGCAGCCCUUGGAUUGGCAAAUCUUACCCUCUAUACCUGCUCAGAAGGAAAGAAAAAGUUGAUACAAAAGAAGCUUCCCGAAUGGCUCUUCCUCCUUGUCAAUCAGGAUGACGAUCUUACUCGGUACUAUGCUAGCUUAGCUAUCUGCAUGUUGGCGAGUAUAAAAGAGUUCGAAUCCGCCGUGAUGAAAUCAGACACGCUGAAGUUGGUGGAACCUUUUCUUCUAGCGCACGAUGCUACCACCUUUGCCGGAGAUCACUACAAACACUCUCAAGGUCGUCCCAAGGAAUGGCUGAGCAGACUUCUACCUAUGCUGAAGUCGAUGCGUCGUGAAGCGAAGAGUAUGGCCGCGUUCCACUUCGCCAUGGAGGCCGCUAUCAAAAAGGACCAAAAUAAGCUCGAUGUCUUUCAGGAAAUCGGUGCAAUCCAAGCACUGAAAGAAGUCGCCUCUUCGCCCGAUGAAGUAGCUGCCAAGUUUGCUUCCGAAGCUCUAACUGUUAUUGGCGAGGAGGUUCCUUACAAACUUGCUCAACAAGUACCCAAUUGGACAGUGAAGGAUGUGCAAUACUGGGUGAAAAAGAUUGGCUUCGAAGACUAUGUGGAAAGCUUUGCGAAGCAAAUGGUCGAUGGUGAUAUCUUGCUACAUUUGAGCGAAAAAGAACUCGAAAGAGACAUCGGCAUGUCUUCUGGUUUGCAUCGGAAGCGAUUUAUCAGGGAGUUAGAAAGUCUCAAGAUUGCUGCUGACUACUCUGCUGUUGAUGAGAGCAAUCUCGACCAACUGCUCAUGUCUCUUAGCCCGGAAUUGUCUGUAUACACCUAUAAAAUGCUGUCCUGCGGAAUCAACCGAUCCUUGCUGGGUUCCCUCACGGAUGAGUUGAUGCAAACCGCAUGCGGAAUCACCAAUCCAAUCCAUCGACUGAAGAUGACGCAAGCAUUCCAAAAUGCAAAGCACCCUGAUGAAGUCGAAGUUGCUGUCCUAAGCAAACAAAUCGAUGUGUUCAUUAGCUACCGAAGAAGCACUGGUAACCAACUGGCCAGUCUAAUCAAAGUCCUACUUCAGUUAAAGGGCUAUAAAGUUUUCAUCGAUGUGGACAAGCUCUACGCUGGUAAAUUCGACUCGUCGCUGUUGAAAAACAUCCAAGCAGCCAAGCACUUCAUCCUUGUGCUAACUCCCAACUCCUUGGAUCGGUUGCUUAAUGACCACAAUGGGGAUGAUUGGAUCCACAAAGAGUUGAAAUGUGCGUUCGAAUAUCAGAAGAACAUCAUUCCCAUCUUCGACCAAGCAUUCGAGUUCCCUCAGAAUGAAGAAGCAAUUCCUCAAGACAUUCGAAUGAUUACGAAGUAUAAUGGAGUCAAAUGGGUCCAUGACUACCAAGACGCUUGCAUGCUCAAAGUAGUUCGAUUUAUCGAGGGUGAACUCAACCGAACGCCAAGCCUACCGGCUCCGUCACCCCCGCAUCCUCCACUGACAAAAAUCGUCGGAAGCACCAUGCUUCCGUUACGACGGUCUACGACCGCAACUAUUGUAUUUAAUUGCAUUUUCACGGGACACUUCCAUAUUAUAUACAAUUUGUGCUCACUUGUAGCUCACAUUGCAUUCUACAUGAUGCCAAAGUUUGAGUGCGCCAUGUUGAAUAAGAGUGAAGUUAUGAAACAAGUUGCAAAACUUAGUGUUCAACCUAAUAAAAUAAGCGUUCCCUUAUUAGGACCUUGA